AUGAUGCGAAUACUCGAGGCUCAAGCUCCCGCUCGACAAACGGCCACGGACACAAUCCAGACACUGAGCAAUCGUCUCUCGACUGCAACGCUGCUGGAAGACCGACGGGCAGCCAUCCUAGGUCUACGCAGCUUCGCAAAGCUCUACCCUGCCUCCGUCGCUUCGGGGGCGUUGAGGGAUCUCAUUGCUGGGCUACAACGAGAUGGAGAUGACUCGGACACGAUCAAGGUGGUGUUGGAGACACUGUUGAUGCUUUUUGAGCCGGACGAAAAGUCCCCAGAGGCUUCGGAGGACAUUGCACUGUGGUUGGCGGACGAGUUCACGCAACGGCAAGACAAUAUCACCGCGCUCCUGGAUCUGCUGGAAUCCGGCGAGUUCUACCUGCGGCUAUAUGUGCUUCAGAUCCUCUCUCAUAUAUCGACGGCACGGCCACAGCGCACGCAAGAAGCUAUAUUCUCCGCCCCGCUGGGUGUUUCGCGCAUCACCAGUGUCCUCGACGACAAACGGGAAGCAGUCCGGAAUGAGGCGUUGGUGCUUUUGGUGGCACUGACCCCGACUUCGGGCGAGCUGCAAAAGGUCGUGGCCUUCGAAAAUGCGUUCGACCGCAUCUUUGCACUGAUCGAGGGCGAUGGCGGUCUGACCCACGGCUCGACCACUGUACAGGACUGCUUGUCGCUCUUGGCCAACCUUCUCAACCUGAACACUUCGAAUCAGUCGUACUUCCGGGAAAUCGGGGGUAUCCUCAGGGUCAAGAAACUGUUUUCGGCCGUGAUCGAACAAGAGGAUUCGGGAGAUGGUGUCUCGGACUGGAUGAAACCCCAGAGGGACAUGAACCUGUGGGGAUUGCUAGGAGUCAUCCAGUUGUUUCUAGCUCCGGGGGCACAAGGCACCCCGGUGAACCAGCAAGCCUUCUGGCACACGGGGGUGUUGCAAGAUGUUUUGCGUCUUGCCUUCCACCCCGCUUUCAGUACGGGGAUUCGUGCCAAAUCUCUUCAGACCUGCGGAGACAUUAUACGAGGGAAUCCUGGGCUUCAGGAACGAUUUGGCGAUCUACCAGUGCCAAUUAAGCAGGCGGAGAGUGCGUUGACCAACGGGCACGCAGCUCCUGCAUCCCUGGAAAAGCAGCACAAGCCUACUAAGGCCGUCUAUCGGGACCAGAAUGUGAUCGAGGCUCUCCUCGAGCUUGCAAUGGAGCCUUCUCCCUUAGCUCUCUUUGAUGUGCGCUUGGCCGCAAGCUCUUGUAUUAAAGCUUUUGUCCAAGGCCACACAGGCAUCAAAGCUCAUGUUCUCCACAGAGCGAUAGAGGGCCACACGGCUGGCAAUGAUACCAUUCCCAACAUUCUCACCGUGCUUCUUGAACCCCCCGCAGCUCGAAACAACUCCGACCCGUACCAGCAGUGGAUUGCAGCUGUGCUGCUACUGCACCUUCUUUACGAUAACACCGAAACGAAAGGCAUGGCUUUGAAGGUGACUGAAGGAGAAGCCGAGAAGGGCGAAGAGGUUGUUACCUUCGUCCAGAGUAUCACGAGUAAUGUGGUUGCUGGCAUCCAGCAUGUCGAGGACGAGCGUGCUCUCUUGGGGUACCUCAUGCUCUUGUGCAUUUGGCUGUACGAAAGUCCCGAAGCAGUCAACGAUCUGCUUAGUGAAGGGAGCAAUGUCCCCGGUCUUGUGGCGGCCGUCAAACUUGCAAAUAGCUCCAUGCCGCUUGUGGCAGGUCUGUGUGCCUUCCUGCUGGGCAUCAUUUACGAAUUUUCGACGAAGGAUUCGCCAAUUCCAAGAACCACGAUACACGGGCUCUUGCUAAAUAGUCUUGGCCGAGAAACCUACGUGGACAGAUUGACAAAGCUUCGAGAGAACGUCUUUGUACGUGAUUUCGAGGUGCUUCCCCAGACAGGUAACGGUGGCCUACCAGAGGUCUUCUUCGACAAGACUUUCAUUGAUUUCUUGAAGGAUAAUUUCAGUCGGUUCUUGCGGGCCAUUGAUCGGGAUCCCAAGUUCGAAAUCGCCCUGGUAGGCAAUGGUUUGCAGAGAGGGAUAGAUCGAGACUUGGUGGAUAGCUUGAGAGCUGAGGUGGAUGAGCAAAAGAAAGCUCUGGAGGCUGCCAAUGCCGAAUUGCUCCAGUUGAAGAGAAGGCUCGAACAGGAAGAGCUUGACCACCGUCGCACUCGUGAGUCCACCGCCGUGGAAAUGUCCAGGAUCAAGCAGAUCAACCAAAGCCUACAAGAAAACCACGACGAGGAAAUCAAGAAAUUACAGCAAGAGUUUGCACGACAGCGGAGUGGCCUAGUUCACGCCCACGAAGAUGAACUGAACAGGCGGCGAGGCGAAUAUACGUCGACACUGGAGAGCCUUCGGAAGCAGCAUGAGCUGGAGACGCAGCAGUCUGAGCAGCGACUCAAACUCGUAGAGCAGAAGGCAGUCCGAGAUAAAGCCGCCUUGAUCGAACAACACAGGCGAGAAAUGAACGAGGCAGAUGCAAAGGCACAACAGGCCCGUGAGAGGGAGGCAGCAGAGAUCGCAGGCCUCAAACAAAAUAUCGCAAAACUUGAAAAGGUCUUAGAAAAGGCACAAGCCGACCACGUUCAAGACCUGGAAACCGCGCAUGAACAACACAAGGCCAAGACCAAGAGCCUGGAAGCGCGGCUUGCUCGAGCUGAGAGCCGCGCUCGGGAUGCCGAACAGCAUGCCAAACAUCUGAGCGAGGAGCUCGAAACAGAAAAGGCUGCGCGCAAAGACGUCCAGACCGAGCUUGACGAUCUGUUGGUCGUGUUUGGUGACCUUGAAGCGAAGAGAACCGCCGACAAACAGAAGCUCAAGUCUCUAGGCGAGGAAGUUUCCGAAGAUGAAGACGAAGAAGACAAUGAGGCGGACGGAGAAGACGCAGAGGACUCGGAUGAAGACGACGCGGCAGGUAGUGUCGGCGAUGAGGCCGUCAAGGAAGACACGUGA